UCACUAGAUUAUAUGCGAGUACACUAGCAAGCCAGGAAGAUUUUUAAAAACAGCUGACCUGUGGUAAGUUUCUGGCACUUCUGGCACCUGCCUCUAUAGGCUUAUCACUUCAUUUACAAAUUCACCUGUUUUCAAAUGACACUUUAGCCUUUAUCAUCAAUAUACUAGGGAGCCACUGUAGUAUACACUAUACACUAUGUAUACUCAAUGCUUUCAGGGAGACUUUCUUUCCUCUGACACAAAGUUCAUUUAUUAUUAUUUUUUCACACGGGACACAGGCCUAUGAUUCCCCUCUGGCAGUAAACUCUGCUAGGUAGUGCACACUAAUUCUCCUUUUUUGACUCAGUAUAUAAUGUUUUCCGCCCAAGAUUGGUUCCAGGCGCUAGAGGCAUGUAUCGUAUAGGAUUGAUGACACAAAUUAAAGUUCUAGCACGUAAGAGCCACCGUGAAAACACCAGAAAACCCGGAGCACAACGAGGCACGCUGACACUCAGACACGCACCUACUACCUCUGGAGUGCAAAAUGGCAUGUCUCACCAACUCGGGUUCCGAGGCUAUACAGCGGACACUGGAGAAGGGGACCGGGCGAAUAUCAACAGUUGACAUUGAGGAGAUGUAUGAGAUCACUCGGUGUGUUGAAUGGGUCCAAGUCAGAGGCUACAAGAAGGUUGGACUUCAGUUUCCUGAUGAAUUGUUGGGAGAUGCUGCUACAGUGUGUGGUGUGAUGAAGUUACAACUGGGGUUCGAUGUUUACAUUCUUGGAGACACAUCGUACGGCAGUUGUUGUGUAGAUGAGGUGGCAGCAGAACAUAUUGGUGCUGAUGCCAUCAUUCACUUUGGCCAAACUUGCCUCAGCCCCACCAGAAGAAUGCCAGUUCUGUACAUCUUCACAAAAAUACCAGUCAAUAUCACUGGAGUGGUCUCGGGUCUGGAAAGUACCAUUGAAGAUAGGAUAAGAAAUUUGAUAUUUGUGUAUGAUAUAAGGUGCCAUUAUCUUGCCAGUGGGAUCACAGAAAAGUUACAGAGGAGCUUCCCACAUCUUAUAACUGCAACUUUCCUGCUCACCAGCGAAUAUAACUGUAGUGUUGGGCACUUGUUAAAUGGUAUCAACUCAAAAACUUCAUUUGAAAUUGAAAACAUUUCCAAAAAUGAUCAAAAUCAAGUUUCUUCUACAUAUGGAGACAGUUGUCAAGACAGUGUGAUUACUUGUGAAUGUGGGAGCCAGCUUUACCACAACAGUAAUGCUGCUGAAGACUGUGCUAACAGACUGUCAUUCAAUAACCGUUUUGUGUGUUUACCCAGCGGCUCUGAUAUUAAAGAUUACCAUUUUAUUUAUCUUGGACCUGCUGGACCAACAGUUAACAGUUUAUUGUUGAGGUUUUGUGAGAAUACAUUUUAUUGUGUCAACCCAGAUGAUGGGUCAGUAGAGGUCACCUCUGGUGUUCGUAUGGUUAUGAAUCGCAGUGCAAAGCUAGAAAUGGCUAAGGAUGCUGAAAUUGUUGGAAUAUUAAUAGGCACUUUGGGAGUUGCUGACUAUCAGCAUAUUAUUUCAAAACUCAAAGCUAUAAUCAAAGCAGCAGGCAAGAGGUGUUACACAUUUGUCGUUGGGAAACCUAACGAACCCAAAUUAGCUAAUAUCUCUGAAGUGGAUAUCUUUGUGUAUGUGGCAUGUCCUGAGACAUCAGUGGUUGAACGCAGCACAGAUCCAGCACUCUAUAAGAAGCUCAUAAUGCCCUGGGAGUUGGAAGUGGCAUUACUGGCAGGGCAGGAGUGGAGUCUUGCUUUUGAAACGGAUUUCAGGCAGUUGCUUCCUGGAGGAACUCGGUAUAUUGAGGUUACCAGUAAACAAAGAAGUGAAGAAGUUAAUGUAUCCUUAAUAACCAAUAAAACUCAAACUCUAGGCAUACGAGAUGAUGCAGCACUAGACAACAGUACAGGUGCUGUGAUGCUUCAUGAUGGACAGACAGUUGCUGCCUUACAUAUCGGUGGUGGGGGAGAGGUCCUGAAGGGACGAACAUGGCAGGGUCUUGACUCCUCUCUUCCUUCUCCUGGGGCUACUAAUUCCAUAAUUGAGGGACGAAGGGGUAUAGCCUCUCUCUAUGAGGAUGAAAAACUCUGAUUGUCAGUGAUGUAGAAUUUGCAGAAUAUUAAAUUCAUAAAUAAUAAUUAAAUAUGUAGUGGUGUUUUACUCACAAAUUUCAGCCUGAUGAUUUUUUUCAAAAUCUCAAGACAUGACUUUGUACUCAACAGUUACAAUAAAACUAAUAUAGGUAUAUAUACAAUACUUGGGAUCUUGAUACAGGGAGUUUUUCACUUACCUAACAUAUAGGCAUGAUCUAGUUCCACAUGUGGACUUGUCCACUGUGAUAUCACCUAUUACCAUUUCACCUCAGUUACCUGUAGUAUAUGAGCCACUUCUUCGCGCAUAUUCCGUAUUCUUUUAAGACUGAUGGAUUGAUUACAUCGACUCCAUGCAGAGGGACUGAUUACCUCAAACUCCCUCUGAUUUUGACCAUUCUUCUUUGUUUAGGACUGAUGAAGCCAUUGCAUGGUGAAACAUUUCCUCAAUAAAAAUACCCAAGUGUUACAUAUGUGUCUAAUUCAUCAACUUGUUAGUUCUCUGAACCAUUUAUCUACACAACUAAUAUAGUAUAAAAAUCAACUGAUGUUAGAUACUGUCACUCUGACCUUUACACACACAAAUAACCGACAGAUAGGAGAGCAACAGAACGCACAAUCACAAUACAAGGCACAAGGCACUCUUCGACAUCCCUCGUGUCAAUCUCACACUAUGCAAAAAUGCAAUGCAGAUAAAGGGCCCAAAGAUCUGGAAUUCACUACCUGAACCAGUUAAGGAUCCCUUGACUACAUAUAAAUUUAGGGCUAUGCUUAAAAAUCAUCUCAUCUCUCAAUACUAAGCAAAACAACUUCUAAUCAGUUUGAAGCACUUCUCCCAAAUAUUAUAUUAUAUGACCUCUAGUCUAUUAAACAUCUGCCAAUCCAUGAAAUAUUACUAUUUGAACCAUUAAUUGUAAUAUUGUUUUUAUUAUGUGCAACUGCAAGAUUAUUAUUCUUAUAAACCUCCACCUUGACUACCUCACAUCAGUAUUAAGAUAUUAUUAUUAUUAUAAUCAAAAAGAAGCGCUAAGCCACAAGGGCUAUACAGCGCUGCAGGGUAGGGAAGGAAGCGAGGGUAUUGGAUGGCAGAAGGGAGGAGGGAUGAUCAGUAGGUUACAGAAAACAGCGGGGCAGGGGAUAGUACGGGGGUAGAGGGUAGCAAGAGAUUGAAGUAGAAAGGGCUGAAGGUAUCAGAAUUUGUGAAGUAAGUCAGUUGUUGUCAAAAAGUCAAUGAGAGAGUCCGGAUGAAAGGUGGGUCCAUCAGCAAGAAGGGAAGGUAGAGAGAGAGCAGCAGAGCAGAGACGACGACGGAGGUAAAUUCUGCGUGCUCGUUGAUAAAGUGGGCAAUCCAACAGAAUGUGGCUGACUGAUAAUGGAACUUGGCAAUUCUCACAGAGAGGAGCAGGGCGCCUCUCCAUGAGAUAUCCAUGAGUAAGACGAGUAUGGCCAAUGCGAAGACGGGAGAGAGUAGUCUCCCAACCUCGACACUGGUCAGUAUUAAGAUAAAGUAAAGAUUUAUUAAAAAGUUAACCACUCUUAUCUUGUCUAGACUUAAGUAGUUAUUAUGUACUAAGAUUAGUGUGCCUGAAAUGCCCUGGCAUGAUAGUGGUUUUCUUUGUGCUUAACAAAUCAAAAAGGGAAUUACACACUGCAACCUUUGCAAAGAAAUAAAAACUUUAAUCUUUAAUCUGCUUGCCUCUGGCAAGACAGUGAUAGUGUGAAUAAUGAUGAAAGUGGUUUUUUUUUUUUGGAUCACCCUGCAUCAUUGGGAGAUGGCUGGUGUGUGAAAAAGCCAAAAAAAAAAAUAAAAGCUUUUUCUAGCCAAACGUAUGUGGGUCACAGAAUAGUAUUGGAGAUAAUGAGGGAGGUGGGAGAAUUUGCAUACACAAUAGUUCAUCAUGCAUGGGCCUUAAUUAGUUAUGGGACAGUAUGAAUUUUUUUCCCUAUACUGUAUGCAAUUUUAGGCCGAUACCAAUACCAUAAAAAUUAGCUGACAUCCACUGGUGCUCUCCAAAUUAGUCGAUACUAAUAUUGAUUCCACCAAAUGAAGACAAUGACUACUGAUACUUAUGACUCGAAGAAUGAGACCCUUGUGCAACAAAUGAUAAUCUUUAUUGAGGAAAUGUUUUGCCAGCCAGUGGCUUCUUCAGUCCAGUACAGAGAAUAACAGUGGAAGAUAAGGAGUCGAUGUGUUCAGUCAAUCAAUCUUCAACUUGUUGAUUUAGAGAAUCAUUCUCAUUGCACUGAAAUUCAUACUUCAGCACAUACCUGGUCUUAUACCUGGCCAGCUGGUGCAGUCUCGUUCACCAACUCUGUGCUGUGUCUUCAGAAGGACCCCGCUUAUACAGAAAGUUAGGUUCCAGGCUACUGUUGUACAGGUAGGCCCUGCUUAUACAGCAGGUUAGGUUCCAGGCUAUUUUUUUUUUUUUUUUGACUCUCAAAUGUAUAUACGUAUAUAAAAGCCUGAUAACAUGUUUACACUAUCAUAUAUUAAGUGAGCAAUAGAGCUAGGCCUAAAAAAUGCAUAUACAGUACACACAUUACUUACCUUAAUAUAUUUUAGUCCUUAGCUUAUAGUGAGUUGUGAAUAUGUUUAUUGUAGAAAGUCUGAAUAAAUGAAGAAUGGAUAUACAGUGGUACCUUGAGUUUCGAACUUACUUCAUUCCAGAAGGCUGUUCAGGUGCCGUUACCGAACGAAUUUGUUCCCAUAAGGAAUAAUGUAAAUUAGAUUAGUCCUUUUCAGAACCCCAAAAAUACACUUACAAAAGCACUUACAAUAAUACACUUACAUAAUUGGUCGAGUUGGGAGCAGUUCGAAACUCAGGGUACCACUGUAAUUGAAAACUGCUGUAUAAGCAGGGCCUGCUUGUACAGUUUUUUAUUUCUUUAUGUGGUAAAAAUUAAUGUAGUUUACAUGUGAUACAACAUUGGUGGUCACAAAAUAAACCCACUGGUGUGCAAUGG